CCUCCCAUCACUAACAAGGUUUACUUUGACAUCACUGAAGAUGGAAAACCCUUAGGCAGAAUUACCAUUGGCCUUUUUGGAACUGUGGUGCCCAAGACGGUAGAAAACUUCCGUCAAUUGGCAAUUUCCAAAGAUCCUAAAUUUGGCUACACUGGCUCCAUUUUUCACAGGGUGAUCAACAAAUUCAUGCUUCAAGGAGGAGACUAUGAAACCGGCCAGGGUUACGGUGGAAAGUCGAUCUACGGGGGCAAGUUUAACGACGAGAACUUCGAAUUAAAGCACGACCGCAAGUAUCGCUUGUCGAUGGCCAAUUCUGGCAGGAACACCAAUGGUUCGCAGUUCUUCAUCACCACUGUUCUCACCAGCUGGCUUGAUGGAAAACACGUCGUUUUCGGUGAAGUUGUCGACGGUUUUGAUGUUGUUGACUAUAUCGAAAACGUUAAGACCAGUCACGGAGACCGUCCCGUUAAGGAAAUCAAGAUCGCUGAAUCGGGUGAGAUCGAAGUU